AAAAUAUAUUUGAAAAUGUUGGAUUUCUUUACAAUAUUUACUAAAAGUGGGCUAGUUCUUUGGUGCUCUCGGUACGGCUAUCCUGAUAUAUUUACUCCAGCUGUAAAUGCACUUAUAAGAAGUGUCAUAUUGCAGGAGCGUACCGGAGUUAAUUCAUAUGAGCAUGAGUCUCUACGAUUGCAAUACAAGUUGGAUAAUGAAUUUGAAUUGGUAUUUGUGGUUGCUUAUCAAAAGAUAUUACAGCUGUCAUACGUUGAUAAAUUUUUGAACGAUAUUCAUUUGGAAUUUCGUGAUAAAUAUAAUGAUUUUUUAAUAAAAUCCUUGUGGUUUUGGAACUAUAAGUUUGAUGAUGAAUAUAAACACGUAUUAGCAAGUGCUGAGAAAUGGGGUAAACAACAAGCGGCAAUACCCAAACAAAUGCCUAAAAAGAAAAAAACUAAUGUAAUUGAUGAAGCUCCAGUUAAAAUUAAGGAUUCUUUCAAAGAAAACGAUGUAAAUUCGAAUGUAAAUAAUGAAGACGAUAUGAAUGAUGAUGUACUGGUGAUGAAUCGUUUAAAAUUAGCUCAAAAAUUCAAUAACCAGAAGAAAAAGCCAGAGAAACAAAAAAGUCCGAAAGAAGAGAAAGUGGGAAAGAAACCACGGGUAUGGGAAUUAGGUGGUACCAAUAAAGAUUUACCAAAUCUAGAGCGUACUAAAGAUAAAAUUACUGAUACACCGAUUAACGUACAAGCCAAUACCGCUCUAAUUGGUAAAAUGGAAGGUCCAAUUCCUAAUUUAGAGGUUCCCAGUGAUUCUGAAGAUGAAAUAAAUGAUAACAUUUCGGCUACAGCUAAUAAAAAAAAAUCACAAGCCAGUAAAUCAUCUGGAGGAAUGUUUUCAAUGUUGAAAGGUUUAGUCGGUAAUAAAUCAUUGACGCAAGAAAAUUUAGAUCCGGUUUUGGAAAAAAUGAAAGAUCAUUUAAUUAUGAAAAAUGUCGCUGCUGAUAUUUCAAUGAGUCUUUGUAAUUCUGUACGAGCUAAACUAGAAGGAAAAGUAUUAGGAACAUUUGAAAGUGUCGCUAGCACUGUUAAAAAUACGUUGACUGACUCACUAGUACAAAUAUUGUCACCUAAACGUAGAGUUGAUAUACUCCGUGAUGCUUAUGAAGCAAAAAAGAAUGGACGGCCUUAUGUUAUGUCUUUUUGUGGUGUUAAUGGUGUUGGAAAAUCAACAAAUUUAGCUAAAAUAUGUUUUUGGUUAAUUGAAAAUAACUUCCGUGUAUUAAUAGCUGCAUGUGAUACAUUCCGAGCUGGAGCUGUAGAACAAUUACGUACGCAUAUGCGUCACUUGAAUGCCUUACAUCCGCCAGAAAAACAUGGCAACGUUACAAUGGUAGAAUUAUAUGAAAAAGGAUACGGUAAAGACGCUGCUGGAAUAGCAUCUGAGGCUAUUCGUUAUGCCAGAGAUUGUAGAAUAGACAUUGUCUUGAUUGAUACUGCUGGUAGAAUGCAAGAUAAUGAACCACUGAUGCGUGCACUUGCUAAAUUAAUUAAGGUCAAUCAACCAGACCUAGUGUUGUUUGUCGGUGAAGCGCUCGUUGGUAACGAAGCUGUUGAUCAAUUAGUUAAAUUUAAUCGUGCACUUGAGGAUUACAGUAACUCAGAAAAUCCACGUACUAUUGACGGAAUCGUUCUAACCAAAUUUGAUACUAUUGAUGACAAGGUUGGUGCAGCUAUUUCUAUGACUUACAUCACUGGCCAGCCCAUUGUUUUUGUUGGCACAGGUCAAACUUACACCGAUUUAAAAACAUUAAACGCCAAGGCCGUGGUUCAUGCUCUCAUGAAAUAA